AUGAGCUGCAGUCCUUUGAAGAUUCACCCACAUUGCCGUUUCGCUGUUCAUAUCGUUGCGGUCAUUGGGAAUGUGCUGCUUUUCCUUGCAUUCGUCGCCAUUUUUACUUCACAUGUUUACUUGUUGGCGAAACUAUACAGAAACCAAUCGAUGAUCCUCAUUCUCAAUUCUGGUCUCAUUUUUGUGCCUCUCCGCUUUGCAUCGAUUCUAAUCGUUUCCACGAUGGCAGCAUGGUUUCACUUAUUGGCAGCGAUUCGUCUAAUUAAAUACUUUUUUGCACAAUUUCGUAGCAUCACGAAAUGUUCAGACGAGGCGUUGAAAUCAUAUUUUUAUUGUUUCUUCACUGCAUAUCUACUGAUUUUCUGCUCGUAUUCACUCAAGAAUCUACCGAAAGAAUUUGAAAACGGAUUUAAGCAAGCGAUUCGUACUUAUAAUUAUUCGUCGGUGGCUCGAGAGGCUAUAGAUCAAGUACAAAAAUCGUAUCAAUGUUGUGGGUUGAUGCGCGGUCAGGAUUACUACAUUUUAUCGAGAAUGGGCAAAGAAUUUCUUGGGUUUGGCAGCUUUGCUCUGUGCAAUACAACUUCAACGUCGUCAUGUUUACCCACUUCAUGCUGUCGCUCUAACGAUUGCCACUUGACCAGUAUCAAUAAGACGACUUUUAACGAAACACUUUACGAUGCGGGAUGUGGAAAGGCAUUCCGCCAAGAUCACAACGUUUGGCUAUUUGCUCCAAUUGUUUUAGCAAUUUUCCUAGUUCUACAGAUUAUUUCCGCUCUUCUUAUGAACGUAUCUUAUUCGGCUUAUGCUCUCUCCGAUGGAUUAAAAUUUGAAACUGUCAAGAGCGUCCAAUAUUUUCUAAUGCCUUGGCCGAAUGUUGAAGCUUAUGUGAAGAGACGCUAUCGUAUAAUGAGGGAGACGUGUAUAUCGGCUGAAACAUUGGCUCGAGAAGAAGAAUUCUCAAGAAAACGUCAAAAGCUUUAUCAGAAACUCCUUGAAUCUGCGACUUCUCGCGAGAAGAAUUCGAAUGAAGAGGCCAAUAAA